AACAGUUUGACGGAAAAUCACUUGCUCUUCUUCGAACGCGAUGUUUACAUUUAUUUCGUAAUAACGAUCGUCGAACGUAGAUCUACUGAAAUCCACGUAUGCGACAAACAUUAAUGUUAUCGCGAUGACCAUGAAAGUGAUGGAUGGUUGGGAAAGGAGGAGGGGAAAAGGCGUGUGCCUCCCAAAGGCCGACGGUAACCUUACGCUUUCAUUGCGGUAUGGAAACGUGAUCGCGAGAUGUUAAAGGACGCGUAUGUGUUAAUGAAUAUUGUCUGUAAUAAACACACGAAGAAAAAUUCAAACGUAUCGAAUUGCGAACAAAGAUAUUCGUUUUAUUCUUCUCGACAAAAUUGCGGAAAUAUCGCUAGCAUCCUUUUUCACGGGUAUAAUUUUAAUUAAACAAUUUCGAGUAUUCUCGGGGGAGGGGAAAAAGAAAAUACGCAUCGAAUCUCUGAGAACGCAAAAUUCUAAAAAUACGUUUCGCCGUUUUUACAAAGACACAAGGUUGUAUAAUAAUCCCACCAGCGUACUAUAGUGUUCGUCUUUACGUUAUGUGCAAAGAGACUUAAUGUGAUGCAUGCUUUUGUAUGACAUGCGACAGUGCAUCGACAGGUUAUAUACAGAUUGUGUCAUCAACAUUUGAAGAUGUAUUGUGGCAAGAAGAAUUUAAUGUAUGUCAAUUUGCAAUGUCAUGUAUACAAAUUCUGUAUUCACAAUGUGUGUAUACCUUAAAUUUAGUGUUUGUGUCAUGUCUCUGCCAUGUAAGAUACUGGUUAAUGGAUAACUAAUUCUUUGUGAGUUUGAUUGUAACAGUUGCAAGAAGUUAGUGCCUCCUUGAGAAGAUUUCUCAAACAACAUUUCUACAGCAAGUUGGAGAACGCAGUUAACUGCGAAAAAUCAUGACUGAUAUUAAUAUAGAUACUUUAGAAAACCUUAUUACAUAUUUUGCAAAAAACACCUAUAAGACCAAGGCUACAGAUGUUAGAACUCAAGAAAUUAUGCAAAGAUGUAUGUUGCUUGCAUCUUUUGAUUAUGAAUAUUACAUAAUUGAUAACAGCGAAGGCAAUCUCUGUGGACAUUAUCCUGGAUAUCUUAUAAUAUUGGAGCAUGAUAAAAUUCGAAGUUCAAAAAAAUGUGAUUCAUCACUGCCAGCGCCACAAGUACGAGAAAUACCUGAAUUUAUACAGUUAAAGAAUAAUCUCAAGAGAUUGAUGAGAAAGUCAAGAUUUGCAAGAUGUCGUUCAAGAUUUCCAAUACCAGUGAUACUUUAUAAGGGUAGGCACGUAUGCAGAUCUGCAACAUUAGCCAGUAGCCCAGAAAUGAUUGGUAGGGCUGGUUUAGCUUUCUUAUCCAAUUUAACUGGCAAUAGUAUCAGUUCUACAUCGCCAAUUCCAUUGGAAGACGAAAGCUUAACACAAGUUGCAGAAGAAGUCAUGGAAGAAUCGAGGCUUAUUGACAUGAAAAAUAAAUUUCGGUCUUAUGAUAUAGAACUCCUGAAGACUCUUAAUGUAGGAACCAUCAUUGAUUUCAUGGUUGAAAAGAAGAAGGUCAAAUAUGGAGUGGCCAUAACUUCAUCGGAGAAGGUAGACCAGGAGAGAAGAUACGACGAGUUUAACCUUAUUUCACUGCCAUAUCCUGGAUGUGAAUUCUUCAAGGAGUUUAGAGAUCAAGAUUAUCGAUCAAAGGGCUUGGUAUUUGACUGGUAUCAGAAUUACGUGGACGCGACAAUCUAUGUACCUGAUGACUUUUUCUCCAGUCAGUUACGAAUUAACUGGGAUAGAUAUACAGAAUGGGAUCUAGUCAAAUUAACACAAAAUUAUUUAAGAUUAAUAUUAAGAUAUUUGAGCGAUAGUAAUAAUGGAAUAUUAAUUCACUGCAUCUCAGGUUGGGAUCGUACACCGUUAUUUAUUUCAUUAUUGAGAAUUAGUCUAUGGGCCGAUGGUGUAAUUCAUAAGACAUUAAAUUCGUAUCAAUUACUUUAUUAUACUAUCGCCUAUGAUUGGUUGCUUUUUGGACACAAUUUAGCAGAUCGACUAGAUAAAGGAGAAGAAAUAUUCUUUUUUUGCUUUGAUUUCUUAAAAUAUAUUGAAACUGAACACUUCAGUAUACAUAAACGUUACGAGAGAAUGCCGAAACUUAGCGACUCGCAACCAGAAACUUUCACGAUAAAUGGUGAAUCGUUUGAACUUAUUUCAACUCCUAAUUUCAGUUCAUCUAGUUCUAUUGAACAAAACAGUGAAGAUGGUGAAGCAACAACUGUAUUUUUCGAUAAUUUGGAUAGUCAAGAUGAUUCUCGAAAUAAUGUGACCAUUGCACCUGGGAUACUUAAUGUGUCUCCAAAUAAAGAAGAUGGUAUCGCUCAAGGAUUCUCGCGUUUAUCUUUGUCCACAAAUCGUACAUCUCCGAUUGGAGUUCCUAUAUCGCAUAAUACUCGACGGAUACGACAACGAAAUGAUUCAACAUCUUCAGGCGACUCGUGGCAACUGGUAACAGGGACAGGUAGCCUGUGUGGUUCUACUAAUGCUGCUUGUAUGGACAAUGUAUUAAUUCCUGGUUCAGAUUGUAAGCCUUCAUGUGCAGCUUGCACAACUCCACGUACAUUACAAGGAAAUGUAAACACAAAUGAUGACGAAGUUACUGCCUAUGUAUCAUCCAUACAACGUAAAGAGCGAUUACGUUGUCUUAGAAAUAUAUUUUGUAAAGCCUACGGACCUCAUGGAUUUCGAUUAAAGGACGAGGCAAGUGGAAUUAGUCAAUAUCUUGGAAAUAUUGUUGGAAUGACUUCGAUUCCACGCACAUCUCAUAAUUAGACUAAAAUAUUGUUAUUAAUGCUUUCUAAAAAUAUGAAUUUAUAGUCGAUUUUCUUUAUUCUAAAAUUACAUCAAAGAAAUCCGAGUAUUUUGAAGUAUUUUCCUUCAAUCUUUGCUUAUUUUAAUGAGAGAAAAUAUAAAAAAUGAGAAAAUAUAUAUUAUAUUCAUUAUAUAUAUCUAGGAUGAUUUUUCCUUUAGCAAAAUUUCGUCCGAAGUUUAGUUUUUGAAUCAUUAAAGGAAGUAGUUAACUUAUGACGGGUUGGAUACAAGAGACAGGCAAGGGAGCGAUUCACCGUCAGAUGCGGGUGCUUGUAGUCAUUAUUACUCUUACUUUAAUAAUUAUUUACUUUUUAUUAUUUAAAAUUUUGCUUUAAUAUUUUUUUAAAUUGUAGUUUUUUUUUUAAUAAUUAAAAGUGUAAAUAAUAAUUAAAGUAACAGUAAUGAUUACAAGUAAUAAUGACUACAAGUGAGUGAGCAAAGAGAGAGAGAGUGAGAAUGAAAAAACCUGUUAUAAGUUAACUACUUCCUUUAAUAAUUCAAAAACUAAGCUUUGGAUGAAAUUUUGCCAAAGGAAAAAUCAUCUUAGAAUUGAUUCAAAGUCACUUCAAGAACAAUAGGGUUAUUUUAAAU